AUGUCUGCCACGGCGGCGGCGGCGGCGGCGGCGGCGGCGUCACUGUUCGAGGCCCUGGACAAGGACGGCGACGGCAAGGUGUCGGCGUCGGAGCUGCGCAGCUGCGCGGCGGCGCCGCUCGACGAGGAGGAGGCCGCGGCCGUGCUCGCGGCGGCGGACGCCGACGGGGACGGCCUGCUGGACCGCGACGAGUUCCUCGGGCUGGCCCUCGAGGCGGCUGCGGCGGCGGACCAGCAGGCCGACGACGACGACGCGGGCGGCAGCAGGCGGCGGUGCCUCAGGGUGGCGUUCGGGAUGUUCGCGGACGCGGACGACGGGGGCCGCCAGGGGGCGGCGGAGCAGAAGGAGCAGUGCAUCACGCCGGCGAGCCUGCAGCGGAUGCUCGGGCGGCUGAUGGGCGCGAAUAAGCAGUUGCAGCUGGCCUUGGACCUGGACGAGUGCAGGGCCAUGAUCUGCAGGUUCGAUCUCGAUGGCGAUGGCGUCAUCUCUUUCGAAGAGUUCAGGGUCAUGAUGCAUGAUGGCCUAUUAUGA